AUAUAUGAUAUUUUUGAGUGAUAAGUCCCGUUUAAAGUAAAUGGGGUAUUGCGACGUGUUUGGACCCUCCCAUGGGUUGUGAGGUUUAAGUUAACUCCAGAUGCGCAGCCGCGUCUGAGGCAUAGUGAGUAGUGCCGCGUUGUUUUCACCUGGUUUUCCUUUAAAAAUCAACGCGCAGAAAAUUUCACUCAGAUGUAAAAAACAAGUGGUCCAGCAGACACCCUACGGACUCAGACCUUCCUACGGAUUUUCUGUGGCUCUAGGGCAGAAGCCAACUCGCAGUAACGAAGGCAUCCUUACUUAACAUACAUCCAUUCUUAUUCACCGUGGAUACAUUCUUAUGGAGAAGAAGAUAGCUUUUACAUUUGAAACGUCUUUUUUAAUACGCUGAUGUCUAUGUUUUGUGCAAAUUGUCACAACAACUGCGUCACGGAGACCAAUAAAGUGAACGUAGGUCUCAGGUGUACUGCUGACAUCUGAAAACUUUCCAGAGUCAAGACGCUUAGAACCGUGUCGCAACUAGAAGAAUCGGACGGGGUGACAAGAUCUUUUAUUUUGCAUUUAGGAAUAAUUCUUGAAAUAUAGUUUUGUCAUGCAAUUGAUGUGAUCACUGACGCCAAACUCGUUAAGCAAGGUUGCCUCACCAUUUACCACGAUGAAGGACGACUUCAAUGAUGAGGAGGAAGUUCAGUCCUUUGGCUACAAAAGGUUUGGUAUCCAGGAAGGAAAUGAAUGCAGCAGAUGUAGGAAUGACUGGGCUCUUAGGGCAGCCAUUGCUCUCCUCUAUGUCCUUUGUGCAUUGCUCACUAUAGCUGUGGCUGUCUUAGGAUACAAAGUGGUCCAGAAGAUGGACAGUGUGACUGAAGGGAUGGAGAACUAUGGAGGUAAAAUCAUUGCUGUGGAAACAGACCUAAAGAAGCUUGAUGAUCAGACUGGUGAAAAGUCAGAGAAUGCCACAAGUGAAAUAAUGUCCUUUAAAACAGACAUCCAGACAUUGCAGAACCAAAUUAAUGAUAUCGCCCUGAAUGCAUCUAGCAAUAGGGCAACUCUGGAAGAGCUACAGCGGGCAGGGGAGAUCAUGCAGAAUGGACACCUUUCACUAAAGGAGCUUCUGGAGAACAAUGCAAACACCAUCCGCAAUGUCAACUACACCCUGAACACAUACAACAACCUGAUUGGUGGGCUGAAGAAGGACACAGAACGGCUACAAUUGGAGCUGGAGGAGCAGACAAGAGAGCAGAGCCGAUCCACCCACAGCAUCAAUACUCUUAACUUCACCCAGAGCCAGCAGAGGAACCUCAUCAGCUCCCUCCAGAGGUCAGUGGAGGACACCAGCCAAGCAGUCCAGAAGCUGAAGAAUGACUACCAGAGUUUGCAGCAGGUAUCCAGGCAAACUAAAUCUGAUGCUGACUGGCUAAGGGAGAAGGUGCAGAAUCUCCAGGCACUCGCUGCUAACAACUCAGUGCUGGCCCGCUCUAACAGUGAUGCUCUGGAGGACAUGUCCUCUCAGCUUGGCUCUCUAUCUGAGCAAGUACAGAAUGCCUCAGCUGUCACUGAUAGUCAUGACCAAAGUCUGCAUGAGCUCAUGGACCGGCAGCGAGACCAUGACAAUGCCACCUCCAACAGGUUUGAUGCUUUAGAGGCACGCCUGGACCACAAUGAGCAAGACAUGGACCGCAUCACAGGGAAUGUCAGCUUUGCUACACAGCUGCUGGGAGCCAUCAGCACUGACCUGAAUGGCCUUCGCAGCUGUGCAAAAACAUUGACAUGGCACUCAGACCUACUGGUAUCCCUUAACAGCAGUGUACUGGAGGCCAGGGCAGACAGCACUGAGCUCAAAGCCCAACAAGAGGAGCUCACCACUAGGCUCGACAAGGAAGUGAGCAGCCUCUCCAUAGUCAUGGAGGAGAUGAAACUGGUGGACAGCAAACACUCGCAACUAAUCACCAAUUUCACCAUUCUUCAAGGACCCCCUGGUCCUAGAGGCCCUCGUGGGGAUAGAGGACCCCAGGGGCCUGCAGGGAAAACAGGUGAGAAAGGUGAUGUUGGGGAAAAAGGUGCACCGGGUAUACCAGGGCCUAAAGGAGACAAAGGGAUGCAUGGACCUCAAGGGGUCUCAGGCUUCCAAGGACCCCCUGGACCAAGAGGAAAUCCUGGGUCAAAGGGCUCCCGAGGAUCAGGGGGUAGGGCUGGGCCUCCAGGAGACAAGGGUGACCCUGGUCUGCCUGGGCUUGCUGGCAGAGAUGGUCAGCCAGGGUCUCAGGGACCCCAGGGGCCACCAGGUCCCACAGGCCCAGCAGGACCUGAAGGACCACAAGGACCACCGGGGCCAGCUGGCCCUGUUGGUCCUCAUGGACCAUCUGGACCACCUGGACCACCUGGACCACCUGGACCAAGUAGACCUCCUCCCCAAGUGGCAAAAUCUUUGCCCCCAGUAGGACCACAAAGUUCAGUGUCCCGCCAAGUCCAAGAACCCCCUCCCUCCAAUGCACCAGGAUGUUCACCUCAAUGGAAGAGCUACAGAGACAAAUGCUACUACUUCUCAGCUCCUUCAGAGAGACUGAGUUUUGCUGAGACAAAAGAAACAUGCAAAAACAAGACCUCUUCUAUGCUUAUUAUUAGGGAUGAGGAUGAGCAGCUUUGGAUACGGAAGCAAAUUGCAGGAAAGGGUUACUUUUGGCUGGGUCUUACAGACAUUGUAGAGGAAAACAUUUGGAGAUGGGUAGAUGGAACACUCCCCACCUUUACGAAUUGGAAACAAGGCCAGCCUGAUAACUGGAGCCACGGCCAUGAAGAGGGCGAGGACUGUGCAGGGCUCAUUCAUGAGGUAAAAAGAGGACCAGGUUCAGAUAUAUCGGCUGCUGUUCUUGUUUACGCCACGGCAAUGCCUCUUUUCACGUCCAAUCCCUUUGAUCAAGAUGUUGAGAAAGCGACCAGUGAGAUGAAUACAGCUGAAGACUGGGGCCUCAUACUGGACAUAUGUGAUAAAAUUGGGCAGUCACGUACUGGACCUAAAGAAUGCCUACGCUCUAUAAUGAGGAGAGUAAACCACAAGGAUCCCCAUGUAGCCAUGCAAGCCCUUACUUUAUUAGGUGCCUGUGUGUCAAACUGUGGAAAAAUAUUCCAUUUGGAGGUAUGCUCCAGAGAGUUUGCCAGUGAAGUUAGCAAUGUCUUAAACAAGGGCCACCCUAAGGUGUGUGAGAAGCUCAAGGCCCUUAUGGUGGAGUGGGCAGAGGACUUCCGAAAUGAUCCCCAGCUCAGCCUUAUAUCUGCCAUGAUCAAGAACCUGAGGGAGCAGGGCGUCACCUUUCCUGCUGUUGGCUCCCAGGCUGCCGAACAAGCUAAGGCCAGUCCUGCACUAGUGGCUAAAGAUCCAGCAACAUCCACAAACAAAAAAGAAGAGGAGGACCUGGCUAAAGCGAUUGAGCUGUCUUUGAAGGAGCAGCGUCUCCAGCCACAGACCGCCCUCUCUGGGCUGUACCCCAGCGCCAACAGCCUCCUCCCCUCCCACAAACCCGAGGGCCGAAAAGUUCGGGCCAUCUAUGACUUUGAAGCAGCAGAGGACAACGAGCUCACUUUCAAAUCUGGCGAGAUGAUCACCAUCUUAGAUGACAGUGACCCUAACUGGUGGAAAGGUGAGACAUAUCAGGGUGUGGGGCUCUUUCCGUCAAACUUUGUGACAGCAGACCUAACAGCAGAACCAGAGAUGAUAAAAACGGAAAAGAAGACGGUGCAGUUCAGCGAGGACAUCCAGGUCGAGACCAUUGAACCAGAACCAGAGCCAGUCUACAUAGAUGAGGAGAAAAUGGACCAGCUGCUCCAGAUGAUCCAGAGUGCAGAUCCGACGGACAACCAGUCCGAUGCCUGUGAGCUCCUACAGCUGGAGGGUGCCUGUAACCAAAUGGGUCCACUCAUUGAUCAAAAACUUGAAGAGAUCGACAGGAAGCACUCAGAGUUGUCUGAGCUUAACGUGAAGGUCAUGGAGGCUCUGUCGCUGUAUGCCAAGUUGAUGAAUGAAGAUCCAGUGUAUGCCAUGUAUGCCAAGCUGCAGAGCCAGCAAUACUACAUGCAGCAGCCCAAUGCCACCCAGCAGGUGUACCCUGGGCAGGUGGCACCAGGCCAAUAUAGCAUGACUGGCUCAGGGGUGCAAGGUUACAGUGUUCCUGUCGAGCAGCUUCCUGCUAUGAACCAGCCAGCCACUGCCAUGCCAGGCCAGGCAGCCCCCAGCGAUGUUCACAUGUAUAUGGGCCAGCCUGCAGUGUACAGCGCUACCCCAGCUGAGGUACAGGCAUACCAGAGCAGUGCCAGCGGGCCGGCCGGCCUGUCCCAAACGCCCAGCUACAACACCCCCGCCAACCAGAGCCUUCCCAACCCCACAGACACCCAACAGAGCCCUUAUCCGGAAAAGGCCCUCUUAUAGGACCCACAGAGACUGAUCUCUCUCAAUCAGAUACAAACAAACACACUCACGCGUGCAUGAGUGAACACCCACACUUAUGAACAAACAGGUGAUACAUGCAAGUUGACACUAAAACAAUAUGACUAAAGGUCAUACAUGACUGGUCAAUGUUCCUAGCUUACCAUCAGUCUCAGUAUAAAUAAAUCACCUCAAUUUGUCAACAGUCCCAUCUAGACACUAAAGAAGCACCCACAAAACACACUAAAUCUGACCACAUAGAAAGGUGCCAGAUAUUGACUACUGAAGUUAUAUUGUGCAAUUUGAAGAAUGUCAUCUCAGCAUAUUCUCUCUUUUGUUCUUUCUUGCUCUUUUAUAAUACGGUGGUUGAAUGAAGAUGGAAACUAAGGUACAUGACUUUUCUGGUAGUGUCCUUACUCUAACUAAGAGUCUUUUUCUUGUUCCAGGAAGGCUGAAAAACAUUAGUGAGAGCAUGCAAAUAUUGUACAUACUUUUCCCUAAAGGUUCAGAAUUCCCAGUAGUUACAGGUGUUUGUUGCUGAUGGGGUGCUUGGAAGGAUUUCAUCUCCCUUUGCUCUCAUCAUUGCUGAGCUUGACCGUGUGCAUGAGAGAGAGAGAGUGGGGUGUGAGUUUGUGUACGGCCUUCUUGCAAGAUCUUUUUCCAAACACUACAGUCACCCUUCUUUCCUCUGGGCCCAUGUAGCACAGCACCCCCCAUGAUCUCUGAGUGGUGAGGUCCAUACAGUAAUACCCACACUUCAUGGCAGGGUGGCACUGCCCACCUUCCCAGUGUCUUUAAACAUUUCUUUACAGUGUUAAAUUGAUAGCAUCUUGUUUGUAGUGUGCUUUUUUAUUUAUUUUGAUAAUGUUUUAAAUAUGCUGUACUUUAAAGUAAUGAGAGAAAAAGGAAGAUAUUCUGCCUACACGUGGAUGUGUAUAUAUAAGAACUCCCAUGUGUUGGAGCAGCUGUCUCUGAGAGGAGGAAUGGACAGCAGUAAUGUUGCUGAAUGAUGUCAUGCACUUUUUAUUUACCCUUCUGACUCACUGUCUUGAAUUUCAGCUCAACUCUUAAUAUAUUUCAACCCUAGAACUAACGUGGCUAAACAAAAAAAUAAUAAUUAACCAUUUAAAAUAUUUAGGCCCAGUGAGUUUCUAGAUGCUUUUCAGUGCUCACCUAAAACAAUUACCAUGUAUGUUUUAGAAUGUCUUGAGUAUUGUUCAUUCAGAACUGGAUGUGUACUGUGUAUAUGGGAAAGCUUGUUAUGUACCAGAGUUUUAUGCUUCAGUGAAGGCUGAGACUGAAAAUGAAGUGAGUGAGUUCAUUUGGGUCUGUUGGUAUGAAGAACGGUGGCAUGCUUUCUCUCUGCCUGUGGCAUUGUCUGUGUAGAUGGAGCAUGUCAAUCAAAAAGUUGCUGAGAAGCGGUUGACUUUGGACCAUGAACAUUUUCUAAUGUGGCCCUCUGGUUAUUCCACAAGGAGCCAGGAUCCGGAUGUAAACUUAACAGAGAAAAAUGACUGUUUCUGUGUUUUAAAGGUUAUACGUAUAUUGGUUCUGUUAAAUGUAUCUGGUUGUUUAUGUACCAUUUUAAUCAUCUGAAUUAGUAUUCACAAUAAAACUAGGCCAGAUGUACAGUCUAUACA